UCACGAUGAGGUGCAAGGAACCUGUGCAGGUGCCCUCACCGAGGGCAGAUCAACCCACCCCUGAUAAUGAGAGCUGCAUUAAGGCCAGUGCUGAGGAGAAACAACGGAGGGUGCAAUCACAGAUGUGGAAAGCAGUUGUGGGACACAACGUGUCAGUGAAAGUGGAGGCUCAGGGAGACGACUGGGACACAGACCCCGAUUUCGUGAACGACAUCUCCGAGCGGGAGCAGCGCUGGGGAGCCAAAACCAUCGAGGGCUCCGGCCGUGCCGGGCACAUCGACAUCCAUCAGCUGAGGAACAAGGUAUCAGAGGAGCAUGAGGUCAUCAAGAAGAAGGAGCUGGAGACUGGCCCCAAGGCAUCCUAUGGCUAUGGGGGCAAAUUUGGAACAGAGCGAGACCGAAUGGAUAAGUGCGCAGUAGGACACGAGUACGUUGCUGAUGUUGGGAAGCACUCCUCGCAGACAGAUGCAGCCCAGGGCUUUGGUGGCAAGUUCGGAGUCCAGCGGGACCGAGCGGACAAGUCAGCACUGGGCUUUGAAUACAAGAGCGAGGUGGAGAAACACUCAUCCCAGAAAGAUUACUCCAAGGGCUUUGGUGGCCGUUACGGAGUGGAAAGGGAUAAGGUGGACAAAGCAGCUGUGGGAUUUGACUACAAGAGCCAGGCAGAGAAGCAUGACUCUCAGAAAGACUAUUCUGUGGGCUUUGGUGGGAAAUUUGGGGUUCAGAGGGAUCGUCAGGACAAGAAUGCCCUUGGCUGGGACCAUCAGGAAGAAGUGCAGCCCCACGCAUCCCAAAGAGACUAUGCCAAGGGGUUUGGAGGCCGUUAUGGGGUCCAGAAGGAUAGAGUGGAUAAGAGUGCUGCUGGCUUUGAUGAGAUGGCAGCUCCCACCUCCUCCUAUGAGAAAACAAGACCCCUGGAGGCAGGAGCUUCCAGUGGCACCAGCAGCCUGCGGUUGCGGUUUGAGCACAUGGCCCAGUCGGCAGAGGAGGAGAGCAGGAGGCAGGCAGAGGAGGAGCGGGUGAGGCGGCAGGCCCGGGAGCACCGGCUGGCUCCGCAGCAGCAGGAAAUCCCUCCGAGAGAGAAGGAGCACACUGGGACUGGGGCAGCCCCUCCAGCCAUGCCAGCAGAGGUGCUCAGGGGUGCUGCUGGGGACCAGCCUGUGUCACCAGGAGAACAGGAGGCCAAAAGGGAUGAUGAAGAAGUACCACCCACUUUGCCACCAAGGCCUGCAGAUCUGGAUGCAGAGUUGUGCAAGGUCCCCAGCCAGGGUCAGCCCACCUACAGUGUAAGUUUGGAUGUUGGUGGAGACUAUGAGGAGCUGCCAGAGCCCUCUGACUACUAUGACAGCACCAGUGGAGGUGCUGACUAUGAGGAGCUGCCAGCCCCUCUGGAAAAGCUGGAUGCCACCUAUGACUUUGGAGGAGAUGGAGGUGAAGACUAUGAGGUGAUCCUUCCUCAGGAGCCCAGACAGAGCCAUCCCCACCUGGGGAGCACGGACAGUGCUGCUGAGGGGCAGAGCCCCGGGAUCUGCGCAGUGGCUCUCUAUGACUACCAAGGAGAUGGAGAUGAUGAGAUUUCUUUUGAUCCUGAUGACACAAUCACACACAUUGAGAUGGUGGAUGAAGGCUGGUGGCGGGGACAGUGCCAUGGCAGAGUCGGCCUCUUCCCAGCAAAUUAUGUGAAGCUUCUGCAAUGAAAUUAGCACAGUGCAAGCUGCUUCCUUCCCACCUUUUGUGUCUGUCAUGGUUUGACACUGGGCACAUGCCAGACACCCACAAAAGUCACUCAUUCACCCUCCUCUACCACAGUUUGGCAGAGGAGAGAAAAAUUUAAUGAAGCUUUGUGAGCUAAGGACUGGGAGAAAACACUCCAAGGGCAAAAUAGGCUUGACUUAGAGGUACAAAGGGAAUUUAUUACUAAUAGAGUCAGAGGAGGAUAAUGAGAAAUAAAAGAAGCCCUUAAAACACCUUUUUUCCCCCAACUCCUCCCUCCUUCCCACCGACACUGCAGGGAGACAGGUAUGGGAGUUUUGGUCAUUUCAUCACUGAGAUUUUCUUCCAUUGCUCUGGGAGAGGAGUCCUUCCCCGGUGAGAUCGUGAGGUCCCUCCCAUGGGAGACAGUUCUCUGUGAACUUCUCUGACACAGGUCCACUCUCAUGAGCAGCAUUCCUCCAAAAGCUGCUGCAGCAUGGUCACUGUUCCACGGGUGCAGUGCUCCAAGGACAGGCUGCUCCAGCCUGGCAGCAGGGCCCCCUCUCUCCACUGGCUCUCCCACUGGAUCACAGCCUCCUCUAGGCAUCCACUGAUCUGGCAUGGGCACUCCCCCGGGGCUGUGGGUGUAUCUCUGCAUCCCCUGGAGCUGUUCAUGACUCUCUGCAUCCCCCAUGGCUCCCCAGAGGCUGCAGGGGCACAGCUGUCUCACCAUGGUCUCACUUCAGCUGCAGAGGAAUCUCAGCUCUGGCCCCUGGAGCACCUCCUGCCCUUCCUUCUGCACUGACCUUGGUGUCUCCAGGUUGUCUCCCUCACAUGUUCUCACCUUCUCCUCUUCUCUGGCUGGAAUUGAAAUUGCUCCUCACUUAGAUCAUGGAGGUGUUUCCAUCAUCUCUCAUUGGCCCAGCUGUGGCCAGCAGCACGUCCAUUUUCAGAGCCACCAGAGGUUGGCUCUGCUGGACAUGGUGGAAGAUUCCAGCAGCUUCUCACAGAAGCCACCUCUGUGCCCCCCACUACCAAAUACCAGGCCAUGCAAAACCAACAAAGUCCACCUCUUGCCUCUGUGAAUCACAUAUUGAAGAAGAAGAAUAACAACAACAACACAAAGUGGGCACAGUUUGUUUGUGCUUUUUUCUAGCCAAAGAGGGGGAGGUAAGAACCUGUGAGGGAAACAACCUGGAGACAGCAAGGUCAGUGGGGAAGGAAGGGCAGGAGGUGCUCCAAGUGCCAGAGCUGAGAUUCCUCUGCAGGCCAUAGUGAGACCAUGGUGUGAAAUGUUUUCUCACAGUCCUUAACUCAUGAACCCUUCAUUUAUUUUUUUCCCUCCUCUGUGACAGGGGGAGGGUGUGUGAGUGACUUUUGUGGGUGCCUGGCAUUUAGCCAGUGUCAAAUCAUGGCAGCGUCUCUCUGCUUUAGCCUUUCCCAUGUUAUCAGCUUCAUUUGGCUCAGCUUGUUAUAUUCACAUUCAGAGAAAUAUCAAGGAGCAAAUUGGCAGUGCCAGAAGGAAUGCUUUGUCUUAUGCCCAAGAGGAUUUUGAUUCCCAUCCACCUCCAGGUGGGAAAGGUGGGGUGGUUUAAGAGCAUAUGAGUGCAAUACAAGGUCUCUUCUAUCUAGGCUGCCCCACCUGUCAGCCAGCAGGAGUGUGUCCUGUUCCCAGUGGGGCAAUUUCCAGAGCAGAAAUAGCAAAUCUAGUCCAGGCAAGGCAGAAGGGAUGUGAGCUGUGGGACCUUUGUCAGUUGCUGUGGCCCUAAUCAGGGGUCAGGGAAAAGAGCCCUGGGAAAGCCAAAAUUGUGUUUAUUCCGAGGAAGGGUUUCCAUUUUUAGGAGAAGCCAUAUUUGCAGCAUGGACCAGAGAAACAUGAAGAUGGUCUGUGUGACGCUUUUGGGCACAGGUGUGUCUGUCCCUGGGGCUGUGCCCUCCCUCCCAGCUUCUGCUCUGGCCUGGCUCAAACUGUGUCCCAGUGAUUCUGUGACAGCUCGUGUCCCCUGUGCCUGCUGGAGGCUCCUAAAAAGCCUGACUUGUUCAUCACAGAUGUGAGGGAAAGGCUGGGCAGGUGGGAAGCAGGACAGGAGGAAACAUUUUAUUGUUAAUGUUUAAAAAACAGUUUUCAGAAAUGCAAAGUAAAGCCCUCCCUCAAGCCCAUACCUCUUAGGUGGAUGUUCAGCUGCGGGAAUUGUUCUUCUGUGGGAUGCAGGUACCAUCACAGCAGGAAUAAGCCAGAGACAGCUGAGUAGAACAGCACCUGAGGUUCUGUGGGACUGAGGGGCUGUGGGAGCACACCUGAGAGGCUGCAGGAACACCUGAGGCACUGUGGGAGCACAGCCCGUCACUGCCACUGCCAGCAGUGUGUGCAGAGGGUGCCUCUGUGACACUAAAGCUUUAGAGUGAAGUGUGGUUUGCAGGUGAGUUCUGGACCACCCUGCAGUUGACCAAGCCUGUACUACCUGUGCAGGAGUGUGACAUUCCUGCUCAGUGUUUGAUCCUGGGAACACCCAACACUGCCUGUCACAGGAAAGGUGCAUUGGGAUUCAGGUUAAAAAUUAUCAAUUUUUAUGUAACUUUUCCUGAGGUUUCUUGUUUAGGUUUCUAUUUGGUUGGCUUUGGGGUUUUUGUUUGGAGUGCUUUGGGUUUUUUGUUUCUCUGAGGCAGCUUCCCCAGUCUUUUUCCUUGUGCAGUUUCUGCUGUUUCCUGCUGUCCCCUUCCAGGGGCUCCUCAGAAGGGUGUUCACUGGUCAGACUCUGAUGUGUCCAGUGACACUGGACUGAGGGUGCUUCAAGGACUUUUUAGAAUCCAGAAGGGUGUAUAGCAAGGAGGGCUGAGGGGCUCACAGCCUGUCUGGAUGGGAGCAACAGCCCAACCCAGCAGAUGGGUUACAGAAACAUUUCUUUCCCUGAAGAGUAAAAUCAGCAUGUGUUGUGUACUAAGAAAUGGCAAACUGAUCCCAGCAAGGCUGUGUGCCUCCUAGUCCCAGUUCUGACUCUCCGGUGGGUUUCUUUGGGAACAGAUUAGAUACUGUUGGGUAUCUCUUGGUAACAGCUACACAUGAGCGUGUUUGGGUCCAGCCGAUGUAGGUGGUGUGACUGCAGGUGUCACCUGCCUGUGCCAUCUCCCUUGCCCUGGUGAGCCCCUGCUCCUGGCUCUGCUGCAGUGCUCAUGUGCCUCAUGUGCACACCUGCAGAUUUGGCCACUUCCCCCACAGCCACAGAAUCAUUUGAGCUUGGGCCCCGCUGCAGACCCCCAUCCAGUCCUCAGCCACAGAAUCACCCAGAGCCACAGCACACACACAACAGGGAAAUUUUUCUGGCCAUAAAGCAAAGCAUUUCUGGUGAGGAGUUCAGUGCCACCAGCUCUGAGCUCAGUGCCAAGACCUCCGUGUCUGAGUGCAGCACUGAGGCUGUGGGUGGCCUGUGCAAGCUGCUGUGCUUAUGUACAGAGUGCUGCAGAGCCUCCCUGGCAGCCUGAGGAAACCCAGCAGAGAUCAGAUUUGAAGCCAAGGCACGUGGGGACAGUGGAUGGUGGGACAACCCCUCUUGCCCAGGCCAGGUUUUGCAGUCCAAAGCACUGCCCUUGUUCUGCACAGAGCCUGACUCAAGACCUGGGGCAGCCCUGAGGCAGUGCUCGGGGCCAGCACAUGUCUGGCUCCACAUGAAUUUGCCUUUUGCAGAGCUCACUGGCAGUAGCACAGAUGCAGCGCAUCCUGUGCCAAGCUCGGCACAUGGCAUCUGGAAAAUAAAGACAGA